UACACUACCCUCGGCCCAAAUGCGAAACUCGGCAUCUUUUUUAAAAUAAGACAACCCCUCUCCAUUGCUUAGCUCCCUCAAUGAAAAUGGAGGGAAAGCUUCCUGGUUCGCCGCACUUUGAAGUAUUGAGAAGAAUGAAAGAGUUUACUCGAUCCAUUGUUGAAGAUCUCGCGAACAACCGCUCGCCAAUCAUUCGCAUUGAUCGGUUCAGAAAUUACUGCACAGAUGAUUCUGGAAAUUGCUAUUGCAGCUCUGGCUUGUCAAAUGGGAAGGAAUUCGUUACACUGAAGAGGGAAUGCCAUGCCUGCAGGCUAGAUGUUCUGUUAAGGGUGUUACAAAUUGUUCAGCAACUUCUACAAGAAAAUCGUCAUGGUUCAAAAAGAGACAUUUUUUACAUGCACCCUUCUGUUUUUAAAGAACAAGCAACUGUUGACCGAGCAAUUAAUGAUAUUUGCAUACUUCUGCAAUGCAGUCGACAUAACUUGAAUGUGGUUUCAGUUGGGAAUGGGUGAGUACUCAUGUAGAAUGAGAACAAUUCUCAUUUAUAAUGAUACCAUUACUACUUUCUAAGGCUGUUUUGACCAUAAUAUUAGAGCAUCAGUUUGAUUAUUCAAAUUGGUGAUGGGCUGGCUGCAAUUCGUAGAAGCCGGGAGAAAAUUUGAUUGUAUUAACAGUCCAAACACAGCACAUCCCAUUCCCGUUUAUGUAGAAGAGGUUGAAAAUAUUAUCAGUGUUGCCCAGUAUAUUUUAGUUGUGGAAAAAGAAUCAGUAUUCCAGCGACUAGCAAAUGAUCAAUUCUGUAAAAGAAAUCAUUGCAUUGUCAUCUCCGGGAGAGGCUAUCCUGAUGUUCCCACAAGGAGAUUCCUGCAGCUCCUCACUGAGAAACUGUGCCUGCCUACAUAUUGCCUAGUAGAUUGUGAUCCGUAUGGCGUUGACAUCUUGGCAACAUACCGAUUUGGCUCCAUGCAAAUGGCGUAUGAUGCGAAAUUUCUACGUGUCCCUGGGAUAAGGUGGCUUGGAGCUUUUCCUCUUGAUUGUGAUACCUAUUGUGUUCCAAAGCAAUGCCUUUUGCCCUUGACAGAAGAAGAUAAGAGGAGAGCUCAGGCAAUGUUACAAAGAUGUUACAUGCAAAGAGAAGUGCCUAAAUGGAGGAUUGAAAUAGAGGUGCUGCUAGAGAAAGGAGUCAAGUAUGAGCUUGAAGCGUUAUCUGCCUGCUCACUUUCAUUUUUGACGGAGGAGUACAUACCUUCUAAGAUUCAAGGAGGAGGGUAUAUAUGAGACAUAUUUACCACCGUACCAUUCUUCUCUACCGGCUACCCUUAUAAGUACUUUUUUGGUUUUAUUCCUGGGCAAAGGGUAUUAAAGUUAUUUUGGAAAGUCAGAAGUCGACAGUUCACAAGUGUGGUAGUAACUGAUAGCAACUCGAAAGCUAUUGCUGUUUAAAAAUUUUACUAUCAAGUUUUGUUUUGAACUUUUCCAGUUAUGGGAGGAAGCAUUGAUAAAGGUUAUGCCUUAUG